AUGUGGGUCUCUGGUUGGCCCGCGCUGGGUGUGACGUGGACCGCGCUGGGCGCGAUACUCGUUGUAACUUGUUUUUGGGUUCUUGAGGCUGCGCUGAGCGCGACCUUUAUCGCGCUGGGUGUGAGACUCCUUGGGAGUCUCUGCCUUGUGGGCGCUGGGCGCAAUCCCGAAUUGCGUUGGGCGCGAGACCAAGGGGUGGUCUCUGCCUUACCCGCGCUGAGCGCUGGUUGUUGUUUGGCCGAGAGAGCUGCAGCUGGUGGAGCAAGACCCACGGGGUCACUGGAAAGCCGGGACCUGGCUGAGUUCCGGAAGUGUCAUCCCCCACAGUUUACAGGUGAAGCGGAUCCAGAGGUAGCUGACCGCUGGAUACGUGAGCUAGAGAAGAUCUUUAAUGUUCUAGGGUGUUCUCCAGAGAAGAGGUUGGCAUAUGCUAUGUAUAUGCUGGUAGGAGAGGCCGAACAUUGGUGGAGAAACACUUGCCAGAUGCUUGCUGCUCGGGGAGUUACAGUUGAUUGGGAGUGUUUCAGGACCGUAUUCAUGGAGAAGUAUUAUCUGGAGAGCGUGAGGCACGCCAAGGAGGCCGAGUUUUUGCAAUUGCAUCAGGGUGGGUUAUCUGUAUCAGAGUAUGCAUUGAGGUUCGAGCACUUGGCUCGUUUUUAUUCACAGGCUAUUUCUGAAGCCUGGAAGUGCAGAAAAUUUGCGGAAGGGCUAAAGUAUGAGUUGAAGAAGGUGGUGGUGCCUAUGGCCAUCACCGAGUUUCCUGCCUUAGUAGAGAAGGCGAAGAUUGUAGAGAGGUUAGAAGGGAGUAACCGGGUGAUCAGAGCUGUUGAGGGACCAUCUGGGUCCAAGAGAGGAAGUGGAAGUCAGGGGAAGCUGUAUGAUAGGCCCCAGCCACAGCAAAGGGGUCCUGUUAUUAGGCAACCUGCUGAGACUGCCAGAGGAGGAGGACAGGGUGGAGGUGCUGCCCUUAGGUGUUACAGGUGUGGCGGAUCCCAUUUGAUCAGGGAUUGUCCACACACUGAGAGCAGAUGUUUCAGAUGUCAGCAGAUGGGCCAUGUGUCUUUCAACUGUCCCACCAGGAGUAGACUGGAGAGGAGCACUCAGAGGAGCGAUGCACAGAGAGCUGAUACUCAGAGGAGUAAUGUGUAG